AUGGUCAUCACGGUCUUGCGCGGCUUGACGGGUGAGCCUCUUGCGACGCUGCAACUGGAUGGCACCUUUUCCAUCGAGAGGUUGGAGAGUGAGCUGGUUUCCGUGGCCCCACUGCCGAGUCAGUCCCGGUACAAGUUCGCCAGCGAGGCUGGCGAGAUGCUCCGUCCCGUGGUCCAGCUCCGGCAGCUGGGAGAAGGACGCGACUUGACCCUGCAAUCCUUCGUGGUUCCGAAGAUCUGGGGCUUCGCGCAGGCCGAGAAUUCUUUCAGCCGCAGCAUCACCUUCCAGCCUUCGGAGUUGGACUCCGGCUGUAUGGUGCGGGCUUUCUGCAGUGAGGACGCGAGAGGUGGCAUGGCCAUAAGUGCAGAGGCCAUCCCCUGGCGAUCGGGUCGCGCUGCCUUUGCCGUGGAGAUCUUGGGCAUGGGAACUCGGGGGCAUGAGGGCUUGGAGAUCGGCAUCACCCACCGCGCGCCAGAGACGUUCAGGGCGCAUCCAGGCUACGCAGUGCUGUCGCAGCCAUCGUGGGUGAGCAGCGACGCAGGCUGUUUAUGGCAGAACGGCAGCAAGCACUACGACCUUCCCGGCUGGGCCACCACGACGCCCUUUCGCCUCACAGCAGGUGACGUGGUGCACUUCUCUCUGAUGGCCAAUGGCGACAUCGAAGUCCAUGUGAAUGGCAGGAUUCAGGCGGAGUGGCCCCGUACGGCGCACGGCGCCCCGGAGUACCCAAAACCCGUCUAUGCCCUGGUCGGGCUCCGGGCUCCUCUCACCGGAGUUGCCUUGAAGCUCACGGACGAGGCGCCUGCCGAGUUCAGACCUGAGGAGCUCGCGGCCGACGACAAGUAA